UUUGGGUGGCUGUAAAGAGUAGACAUGUAAUUGUUAACUCAGCUAAAGACUUUUAUGAUUGUGCCGUUCAGGAGUGUGAUAAAAUUAAUUUGCUAUAUGUUCCAAGUGAAGCAGUUGAAGAAAAUAAAGCCUUACUUGACCCAAGAUUCAGCAGGUCCCUAGAAAUCACUGGGAUCCAGUCAUACCAUGUGUUUGAGAGAGCAAGUGCUACACAUGUUUAUGCUAAGCGAACAGCUCUUUCAAAGAAAAUUAAGAUCAAAGCUUUAAAAUCUUGUGCCAAUAAGAGGCUAAGAUACCAUGAAGUUUACACUUCUUCAGAGGAUGAAACGGCUCAUGAUGAAGAUGAACCCUGGCCGGAAACCACUGGAAGACAGCAUGUCAGGUGAUCAAUCACUUGACCUGAACUCCAACCCUGUUCAUGAAUCAGAUGAAGUGGAAGAAGGAGACUGGGUGGUUGUCAUUUAUGAUCAAGACUGGUAUCCAGGUAUUGUUGAUAGAAGAGACGAAAACUUUCUGUCAGUCAACUUUAUGAGCAAAACUGGAAACAAAAUUCUUCUGGCCGAGCCCCCCAGACAUUCAGACGGUGGAGGCAGACAACAUUUUGUGCAAAGUGGACUCACCGCCAUUCCCCAUCUCCCAACGUCAUUUCGGCAUGGCCAAAAAUACAUUGAAACAUAUCCAGUCCCUGUAUAGUAAAGUUAAUUGAAUGUUUUGUAAACAUGUAAAGAAUUGUGUAUAAAAAUAGUAAUAAGUUAUGUAUAAGCACAUGUAUGUGAAGAUCUUUAUUUUUUUGCUUAUAAAAAGUUAUUUCUUUUUUAAAAGCAUUUAGAGUCUCAUUCAAUGACCUUUUAGUUACCCAUUAUAGGUACAGUAAUUCAAAACCCUGAAAUAACAAUAAUUAAGGCCACUUUAGCAUAGUGAAAUUAACCCGUCCCGUCCGUUACAAAUAGAUGUCCCGUCCGUUACAGGGUGAAAAAGUAAAUUUAAAACAAAUAAAAAUUUGUAACAAAUAAGUUGUGAUAUGGAAUUGAUAGUUUAAUUUGUAUAAUACAUGAAUUUAUUAUUUUAAGGAAUAUUUAGCCAUGAAUUGAACUGACGUUUUGAAUUAUAUGAAUACGAUUGAAACCUUACUUCCAAACAGCGUCCCGUCCGUUACAUUUAGUAAAAUAUUUGUAAUUCAUAAAAUAAGUACCUACAAAAAAUAUGACUUUGUAUCUCACAAUUCUGGGACUUAAUUCUGUUUAUACUAACAUCACAAUUACAGUUUUAUCCAUUUAUUUGGAUAAUAAAGCCUUCUGAUUAGUGAUAUACCAGUUAGAAU